UUUCAUUUCUCUUUUCUUUCAGUAUUUCACAUGAAAAUUUUGAAUGACCACCACCAUAAAUAUCGCCUUUUUCAAUCGUACGAACCACUUAGUGGUUCGUUUAUGUAACUCAACUUUUAAUCAUAACCGUUGUUGGCGACAUGUGUAAAUAUAUUUUUAUAAUAAUAAGUCAGAAUACACAAACAUGAGAAAAUGGAAAUAAUAGAACUCUUGAGAUUAACACAAUAAUAACUUCAAAGCGACUAUUAAUCAAGGGUGUUGACAUGGGACUAUCAAAUUUCACACGCGACCAAUUAUGUAAAUCGUUCUAAAUAACAUACAUGCAUACAUUUUUUAUUUUUUUGAAUCUCGAGGGAGUUGACGGAAAACAAAUUCCACAACAACGUAUAUGACGGGGAGUUUCAGAGUAAUACGGACACUCUGGACUUUAAAAAAUUGAAAUAACUUUUUUUCCUACACAUGAAAAAAGGAAAAAACUCAAAUUUCACAGAUCCUCUAUAAGUUCAAGGAUUUUUGAUGGAUUAUUUUCAAUAGAAUCAUUUCAAAGUGUUGGAAAAAAGAUGAGAAUCUAAGAGAAGUACGUCAUCAUCAUUGUACCGAUUUCGGUACAAAUCAGUAAAAAUGGAUUUCUAUCAAUAUUCAAAAUCUAUUUUCGAAUUACAUUCUUCAGUUAGGCAUUAUUUUUUCAGUUGGAAUGUACAUUCUCAAUGUUUGUGGGAUUCACAAAAAAUCAGAGAAUGAAAAUUGAUCAACAAAUUUUUAAUUUACAUAUAUAUUUUUUUCAGGUUUAGAUCAUAACUUCGGCCCAGCCAAUAAAAAAUAAAACGACGUCACCUGAGAACUGUUAACAUUUAUUUCACUUCGAAGGGAGCGACGAUGACGACAACGCUACGAGUAUUCUGCCUCUUGACGACGAUGAUUCUGAUUCCUUCGAGUCUGCCGAACCCCCACCGAGGCCGCCACCAUUCGCCGGAGCCCCACGCCGAGGCCUACCACAUAUCGCGCGACCCCUUCGAUCCCCACCGGGAUUCGGAAGAGUUCAGAAGGGACGCACCCGACGACGGCAAACGCGACUUCACCAGGAGAGACUCGUCGGAGGACGACCCCCUUGUGGUGCAGACGAAGCGCGGUAAGGUGAGAGGUGUCACUGUGACCGCCGUUACCGGUAAGAAGGUGGACGCCUGGCUGGGCAUACCGUACGCGCAGAAACCAAUCGGGAACCUCAGGUUCCGACACCCAAGGCCCAUCGAAAAGUGGGACGGAAUCCUAAACACGACCUCCCAAUCUACCUCGUGUGUGCAGAUAAUUGACACCGUCUUCGGUGACUUCGCCGGCUCCAACAUGUGGAAUCCCAACACGCCGCUCAGCGAGGACUGCCUCUUCGUGAACGUGGUGGUGCCGAAGCCGAGGCCGACCAAUGCGGCCGUCCUCGUCUGGAUCUUUGGAGGCGGCUUCUACUCGGGUACGACUACCCUCGACAUCUACGACCACAACAUCAUCGUCUCCGAGGAGAAUAUCAUUCUGGUGUCGAUGCAGUACCGACUGGCCUCGCUUGGGUUCCUCUACUUCGGCACGUCCGACGUACCCGGAAACGCCGGCAUGUUUGACCAAAUGAUGGCGUUGCAGUGGAUCAAGGACAACAUCGCCGCCUUCGGAGGUAACCCCAACAACAUCACGCUCUUCGGUGAGUCAGCGGGCGCCGUUUCGGUGUCGCUUCACCUCUUCUCGCCGCUAUCGAGGAACCUCUUCUCGCAGGCCAUCAUGCAGUCCGGUACAGCAACGGCGCCGUGGGCUAUCAUCUCCAGAGAGGAGAGCAUCCUACGCGGCCUGCGGCUGGCCGAAGCAGUUGGUUGCCCCCACGACAGGAGCGACCUCUCUUCCGUCAUCGACUGUCUCCAGAAGAAAGACCCCAUUGAGCUCGUCGACAACGAAUGGUCAACGCUGGGGAUAUGCGAGUUUCCCUUCGUGCCGGUCAUCGACGGCGCCUUCCUCGACGAGCACCCGGCGCGGUCUCUCGCCAACAAGAACUUCAAGAAGACCAAUAUCCUCGUAGGUUCGAACUCCGACGAAGGCAGUUCCUUCAUCAUGUACCAUCUGACGGAGCUGUUCAGGAAGGAAGAGAACGUCUACGUGAACCGGCAAGAGUUCCUGCAGGCCGUCGCCGAACUGAACCCGUACGUGAACCCCAUCUCCAGACAGGCCAUCGUCUUCGAGUAUACGGACUGGCUGAACCCCGACGACCCGGUCAGCAACAGGGACGCCCUCGACAAGAUGGUCGGCGACUACCAGUUCACGUGCAGCGUCAACGAGUUGGCCCACAGAUAUUCCGAUACCGGCAAUAACGUGUACAUGUACUAUUACAAGCACAGGAGCAUAGCGAGUCCGUGGCCAACGUGGUCGGGUGCAAUACACGGAGAAGAAAUCAACUAUCUGUUCGGUGAACCCCUGAAUCCUUCCAAGAGUUACACGCCUCAAGAAGUGGACCUGAGCAGACGAAUGAUGCGAUACUGGGCAAACUUUGCGAAAACGGGCAAUCCAAGCGUGAACGCUAAUGGCGUCUGGACGCCCACCUUCUGGCCCAUUCACACGGCCUUCGGGAGGGAGUACCUCACCUUGGACAUCAAUUCCACUGCGACAGGACAAGGGCCCAGAUUGAAGCAGUGUGCCUUUUGGAAAAAAUAUCUACCUCAACUCCAGAAGAUGACCGCCGAGUUACAAAAUACCCAGUCGAGCAAGGAUUGCGUCAGCUUAGGAAUAUCCAUCAGUAGUUCGUGGUACACUCUCAGUUCCUUCUCCAUAACACUUUUGGGAAUUGGAUGGAAACGCUACCAGUAAAAGUAGAAGCUUCUUAACCACUUCCAGGCUUUUAGAAACAAAAAAUCACUUGAAUGGGACUAAAUGGAUUUCACCAGGUUUAGAUUUCUGCUUUUUGCUAACCGUAGAAUCGAUAAUGUUAAGAAUCAAGGCCCUGGAUUGUUGUUGUUGAAACAGAGUUGUCAAUUAAAAGAUGAUACUUGCCGUGGCAAGUGUGUUAAAGAGUAUUUUGACCCCGAAAAAGGUCAAGGUAAUUUGUGAGAGAAACCCGAAUAAAAUCGAUGUAGGUUCAAUUCAGUUUUUGAAUGCGAGGGACUUUAAUUCUGAAAGUCGAAAAUAAAUAAUCAAUUUGAUGUUGGUGAUAUUCGCGUUAGUAUUCACAGGGUUUCAAUUCCGCUUUUUCUCAAUUGAAUUGAAUUUUUGACAGGGAAUUUCGAUGUUUAAUGUGAAGAAUUGGAAAGUAGCACAAAAAACAACAAACCAUCACAUAAUAUUAUCAUAAUCAUGAAAACAAGUCAAUACCGCGACCGCUAGUAAAUAUUUUGAAUAAAUAGGUACAUCGUGAGAUUACAAUGUAAUAAUUCAGUAUUUAGUUUACAAUAAUUCAUAGACAUGAAAUCAACAUUUUUUCGAUUCACGUCAAUUACAAUACCUAUCUCUGAAACACAAACUUUUUUUUUUGGAAAUUGUUCCAGUUUCGUAAACUUUGCUAUAUGAAAUAUUGAUUUUUUAUCGAAGAAUUGAAAUAAAUCUUGUCAAAAAUACAAUUUGUUCAAAAAAAUGUUAAAAUUCUAUGUCACUGACUAUUGAAUAUUCCAGAUAGGCAGUUUGGAAUUUAUAAAUUGUUGUUUCUUUUUAACUUCAGAAAUUCUUUAUAAGACAAUUCCGUAAAGUGUUUCAAAUCAUUUGAAAACUGUACCUUGGAAAAUACUAAUUUUCUCACUUGGAAUAGUAAUCAAUUUUAGAGUUUCCUAAUGAAACAAUAUGAUUCCUUUAUUUGAAUUCAAAACAGACUGAAAUAAUGAGAUCUAUUUAUCUCAGUUUCACUAUCUCUAUUGAUCUGAUUGAUUUAAUAGGAGCGGAAAAAUUGAGAAACCUGACGUUCCCAAAAAGAUCAGAACUUGUUUGUUUUUCCCAAUUCGAAUAUCUACAUGGUUUCGAGAGAAAUUUGAACACCAAAAAAGUCUAUCAUCAAUUUUCAAAGGUGACAUUUUCUGUUCCACGUAUAUUUUCGCGUCUUGGUUUCACAGCUGUAAAUGUUCGACAUUUGAAGGAUCAAUCCGUUACUGAUGAAAUUUUAGUGAGAAAAGUAUAAUUUUCGCCAGGAAGCCUUCCACGUGCGGAAAAUACGAAACGCAGCCAAUAAACGCCAACCUCAAAAACUAACAUCUCUAGUUCUGCUACUUGUCUCUGCUGCCUUAUAUUCAUGUAAUAGUAUUACUUUAUCAAAGAAACAAAUUUUUCCUAUUGAGUGGGGCCAGUCAGUCGACUUGCAUUUGGAAGAAGACGUAAAAAACAGUUCGGGGUCAAAUUGAAUUUUUCGAGAAACGAAAUGUGUGCAUAUUACACGAGCUACAAACUACUAGAAAAAACCUAAACCAAAUCUAAUCGACUAACCGACCUCAAACCAUGUCUCUAUCACAUAAUUAUAGUGAAUAGUGUACUCUAGUGCCUCUGCAUCUGUAGUAUUAGCGUGCUGGGGUUCAAUCGAAUAUUUCCGUCUCAAUUAUUAUGAGGUACCUACCCCAUGGCUCCCCAGACGCCAUUGUUCUUAAUAUAUAUUAUAUGCUC